AUGGCGGCGAAGUCUGGAUACACACGCCCGCUCCCUCUCGCCGGGGACACCGCUCCUCCGCCUCCCAGCGCCGUCCUCUAUGUGGCCAACUGCGGGCCCGCGGUGGGAGUAACCGACGCCGACGUCCGCUCGGUGUUCGGCGCCUUCGGGGAGGUCGCAGGGGUCCAGGCCGCCGACGACAGCGGCGCCCGAAUCAUCGUCCGGUUCCACGAGCCCGCCGCCGCGGAGGCCGCCAUGGCCGCGCUCCACGGGCGCCCCUGCGACCUCCUUGCGGGUCGCGUGCUGCACAUUCGGUAUUCGGUGCCCGUGAAGCCAAAGGCUCGCCCUGGGGGCUCUGUACCGGUGGCUCUCGUGGCAUCGGAGCUCGGAAUCCCCGGGAUUUACAUGGUUCAGGAGUUCUUGACUGCCGCUGAGGAACAGGAGUUGCUUUCAGCUGUGGAUAGCAAGACGUGGAAAAGACUGGCGAAGAGACGAGUUCAGCAUUAUGGUUAUGAGUUUCUGUACGAAACAAGGAAUGUUGAUUCAAAGCAGUUCUUGGGUGAAUUGCCUACGUUUGUUUCAACCGUCCUUGAGAAGAUUGCUUCUUUUCCCGGUGUGAAGGACUGUACCACCAGAUUAGUUGAUCAAUUGACAGUAAAUGAAUAUCCUUGUGGUGUAGGUUUGUCUCCACAUAUAGACACACACUCAGCAUUUGAGGAAAUGAUUUUUAGCCUUUCUUUGGCUGGACCUUGCAUCAUGGAGUUCAGGAAAUAUACUAGAGGCAGUUGGCGUGCUCCAAGUGUGGUCAAUGGAGUUGAUGAAGAUAGCAGUCAAGAGCCAGAAUGCAUAAGGAAGGCCAUUUUCCUACCUCCUCGGUCAAUGUUAUUGAUGUCAGGAGAAGGUCGUUAUGCCUGGCAUCACUAUAUACCACAUCAUAAAAUCGAUGCCGUGGGUGGUCAAGUCAUCAAAAGGAAUUCAAGGCGGGUUUCUUUCACUUUCCGAAAGGUGAGGAUGGGUCCUUGUGACUGCGAAUACAAGCAAUUUUGUGAUUCUCAUAGCAAGAGAUGUUAA